CUCAUCGUUUCUACUCGACGCGGCUAACAGCGCAGUCUCAGUGGCGACUUGACUUGGCGCGCUCGUGUCGGUGUGUUACUUCAUAUAAACAACGCGGUACUAAAAAAAUCCAAGUGAUUCACCAUGGCCAUCAGCAGAUUGUCUCUUAUCAAGUUUUUGGAGCUGGUGUUGACAUGUUCGUGUGUCGCCCUCCACUACCAUAGCUACGAUUCUGAUGCUCAGACCGGUAUGCUGGUUACUGGUACCUUCGUGGGAUACCUCAUCAUCUUCGCUGGAGCUGCUGCAGGUUAUGUCAUGCAGACACCCUCGCACAAACGCGUCGACAUUUUCUACUCGUUGAUCGGAGUUGCCUUGUUCGUCGCCAGCGGAGCGCUUAUCAUUGACAAAUACCAGAAUGCGUCAAAGUCAGAUUGGAGGGACAAGAACUUGGCUAAGGCUUCCCUGGCCAUCAUCAACGGUGCCCUUCUCCUUGUGGACGCCGUCCUCACACAGCGUGGAGGCUAAACCCUUACCUUUAUUUAAGUAUGGCCACAAAUCACUUGUAAUCUCGACCUUAUGUCUUUAACCUUUCGAAUUAUUAUAAUAAGAGCAGAUAUUAUCAAAAUUAAACCAACCAAAAUGAUAUUUAAUAACGAAUAAAUGCGGCCAUGCUUAUAUUUAAUAAAUUCUAUUAUUCAUAAUUUAAGCCCUGGAUCAAUAAUUAAA